GGCUGCUGCGAGCUCCUGCGGUACUGAGGGGACGUCACAAAAGCGGCAUCAUGAGCAAGCAAGGAGACUGCAGUGUCAGGGUCACGCUGAGGAUUCGUCCCCAAAGUAGUAAAGAACAGGCUGAAGGGUGUCAUGUAUGUACAUGGGUUUUCCCUGGAGAACCCCAGAUACUUUUGGGUAAGGACAAGGCGUUCACUUAUGAUUAUGUGUUUGACAUGGACACUGAACAGGUCAACGUCUACGAUACUUGUGCACGUGGCUUGGUGGAGGGUUGCUUCCAGGGAUACAAUGCAACAGUUCUGGCAUAUGGUCAGACAGGUGCAGGAAAAACAUAUACAAUGGGCAGUGGGUUUGAUCUUUCAGUUAGUGAAUCAGAGCUUGGUAUCAUUCCUCGUGCUGUCCGACAACUUUUUGGUACAAUCCAGGAGCGGGUAGUUGCAUCUCGUGCACGUGGGCUUCCGGAACCAAUAUUCAAAAUCAGUGCGCAAUUUCUAGAGUUAUAUAAUGAAGACAUUUUGGAUCUAUUUGAUAUUUCCCAUGACCCAGACUCUCGAUAUCGAAAAUCCAAUAUUCGCAUCCAUGAAGAUGCCUGUGGUGGAAUUUAUGUCAGUGGAGCAAGCACUCGGAGUGUUAAUUCUGAGGCAGAGCUGCUCCAACUUCUGAAGGAAGGUGCUUUGUCUCGUACAACUGCCAGCACACAAAUGAACUCUCAGAGCUCACGUUCUCAUGCAAUAUUUUCUGUUCACCUGCAUCAAACAUGUGUUUCAGACUCUUAUCCGGCAGAUACACCAUCGCUGGAGUAUGAAACUCUCACUGCAAAGUUUCACUUUGUGGAUCUGGCUGGUUCUGAGCGUUUGAAAAGAACUGGGGCAACUGGAGAGAGAGCCAGGGAAGGAAUUUCUAUCAAUUGUGGAUUGCUUGCUCUUGGGAAUGUCAUAAGUGCCCUGGGAGAUCAGAGUAAGAAGAUUCUUCAUGUUCCUUAUAGAGAUUCAAAACUGACCCGAUUACUGCAGGACUCACUGGGCGGUAACAGUCAGACCAUGAUGAUAGCCUGUGUCUCUCCAUCGGAUCGUGAUUUCAUGGAAACACUGAAUACUUUAAAGUAUGCAAACCGAGCUCGUAACAUAAAGAACCGUGUGAUGGCUAAUCAAGAACAGAAUGUUCAGCAGGUACAGGCACUAAGAGCGGAGCUGGCACGGUUAAGACUGGAAUUACAGGAGUACAAAACUGGUCAUCGUGUGCCUGGUUCUGAUGCUCUGAGUGACAUGUGCGAAGAGCUGUCUAUGCUACGUAGUGAAAAUGCAUCGCUGCGUCUCCGUGUAAAUGCAUUACAAGAAGCCAUUAGAGCCAUAAAUGCUCGUGUCACCCGCAUGGCUGGACAAGAGGCUGCUCGUCUGUUACAAAGGGCUGGAGACAAUAAUGAGAAAUACCAGAAUCUAAUACAGAAUUAUAUUCACGAGAUAGAAGAGAUGAGGACUCGUUUGGUAGAGAGUGAAGCCAUGAAUGAAUCUCUCCGGCGCAGUCUAUCAAGGGCAAACCUACGCUCAGCACAUGCUGGACCUACACCCCCUACACCUUCAUUUGAGGCUAAAGUUAAUGAUGUUGUGCGGAGAGCAAAGGAGGAAGUGCAGAGUUUAAUGAAGAAAGGAAGAAAAAGGAGGGGAAAGGCUCCAGAAGUUAAGAACAUUAAAAAAAGAGACAAACAGCUCUUUGAAAACAGCGAAGAAAUAGAUGAAAAUGAAGGGGAAGCGGUAAGAGAGAAAAGAGUGGAGCUUGGGUGCAGCAAGGAGCACGGCCGACAGCAGGAUGAAGAGGAUCUCGAUGGUGAGGAGCGUGCUUCAGAGUCUGAUUCAGAGCCUGAAGAAAAAGAUUGUUCUUUUAAAACCUUAGGUUCAGUUGGUGGUGAUCUAGCUGAUUUGACCUGUGAGAUUGAAAUUAAGCAACGCCUCAUUGAAGAGCUGGAACAAAGUCAGCGUCGACUCCAGACACUCAAACUUCAAUAUGAGGAGAAGCUUCAGCAGCUUCAGAGCCGAAUUCGAGACACACAACUUGAGAGGGAUCGAGUGCUUCGGGAGCUUAGCUCUAUGGAGUGUUAUACAGAAGAGAAAGCUAAUAGAAUUCGCGCUGAUUAUGAAAAGCGAUUGCGGGAGAUGAACAGGGACCUGCAGAAGCUACAAUUAGCUCAGAGGGAGCAUGCACGUCUUCUCAAGAAUCAGUCGCGCUAUGAGCGAGAAUUACGCAAGCUACAGGGAGAACUUAAUGACAUGAAAAAAGCCAAGGCUGUACUUGUGAAACAGAUGCGUGAAGAACAACAGCGAAGAAAACUUGUGGAGUUCAAGAGAAAUAGAGAGAUUACCCAACUGAAGAAGGAACAGCACCGGCAAGAGCUCCAGAUUAGAGCACUAGAAUCCCAGAAGCGACAACAAGAAUUAGUACUAAGGCGCAAGACUCAGGAGGUCUCCGCACUUAAACGUCUUUCUAGGCCAGCUCCAGAUCGUUCUGUAAGUCAGAUGUCAUCACUUCCAGAUUCGGGUGCAGAACUGUCAAGCACUGCAUCAUCGGAACAAGAUUGUAGUUCACGAUCUGUGUCCAGCAUUGUACGACAGUGGAAUCGCAAGACAACAAAAGAAACAGGACCUCUAGCUAAUGGCAGUCUGGCUGUGAGGAGAACACCUCCCCGAACACGGCUUCCUUUGAGCAAGGCUGCUCAUAUAAAAUGGCAAACUUUGGAAAAGCGAGUUCAUGAAGUUGUUUUACAGAGGCUGACUUUACUUAAUUUGGAGAAUGAUAUGGAACGGUUGCUGCGGAAACGUGAGGAGCUUUCACUUUUUCAAGACGCAUUAUUAAGUCGAACAGUCAUCCCUCCAGAAGAUGGUAGUGGGGAAGAUCAAACACAGCAAGAUGUAGCAGAGGAGUUGGAAGCUUUGGCAGCCAAUAUUGAUUAUAUUAACGACAGCAUUCGUGAAUGUCAGGCAAUAAUUGUUCAAAUGGAAGAGUCCAAAGAAGAUCUAGACUCAACAGACACUUCGGUUGUUAUAAGUUCCUGUUCUCUGACAGAAGCACGUCAUCUUCUUGACAACUUUCUACGUGCAUCUAUAGAGAAGGGUCUGCAGGUAGCCCAAAAGGAAGCGCAGAUCAGAAUGUUGGAAGCUCGAAUUCGACAGACAGACAUGACCGGUUUUUCACACAGUCAAAUGCUGCUGGAGAAAUCUGAAUGCCACUCCAUGCAAAAUGAGAAUGACUAUGCCAGCACAGAUGAUGAAGUAUCAGAACUCAGUCAAAUGUCAGAUGGAAGUGCUUCUCAGUCUUUCUCAAUGAAAGGCUCAAGCAGUCAUGAUGACUUUAAAUGGAAGGGAGAGCCUCGCCUUUCAAGGCAACUGAAGGCUAUUUCGGCCGAGUCCUUAAGUCCAUUGCUGGAAGCCUCUUCUAAAAACUUUACCAAGUCUUUGGCAUCAUUGACUGACAUCCUGGAGGACAGUGGAGGAUUCUCUGCUACUUCGCCAUGGGGUAGAGGUUCACACAGUUUUACACUCCCGACACAUGGAAAUACCUUUCCAAGGCAGAAUCGGGGCUCUAACACAUCGCCUUUGACGCGCAGAAAAUCUUACGACAGAGUACAGCUCAGAUGUCCAGAUUCUCAUCUAAUACCACCCUCAUCUCCUCCAAUGCGUCUACGUAAUGACAAGAAUGUCUUUUCACGCCUAACAAGCAGUCAUUCUACUGGGAAUGCAUUGGAUAAGUCUGAUGAAAGUGACUCUUCUUUCUCGGAUGCAUCCAGGUACUACAAAUACUGGGGGGUGAUUUCUCCUGUAGGCAAUCAAAAAGGUUCCAGGACAGCCCCACUCCAAUGUGUAGCUAUAGCCGAAGGGCAUACAAAGCCUGUCCUCUGCGUAGAUGCUACUGAAGAACUAUUAUUUACUGGAUCAAAAGAUCGUACUUGCAAGCUAUGGAACCUGGUCACCGGUCAAGAGAUGGCUUCACUCCGUGGCCAUCCUCACAAUGUGGUAUCAGUGAAACAUUGUUCUAACUCGGGAUUGAUACUCACUGCAUCUGCCUCCUGUGUACGUGUUUGGGACAUCCGUGACUCUACUCGCUGUGUGAGGACAUUGAUGUCUUCAGGUCAGUUGUCUCUGGAGAUCCAGUUCAGUUUGAGUCUACGUCCUGUUACAAGUCCAGCCGAGCUUCCAAUUAAUCAGAUUGCUCUGAAUCUUGAUGGGACAACUCUCUAUGUAGCAGCCGGUAAUAAAGUAAGGGUUUGGAGAUGUUCGAGGUUGCAGCUCAUGGGGAAACUAGCCGGUCACAUGGCACCAGUCAUGUGCUUAACAGUCAGUAGCACAGCAAAUAAACGGGAUUUAGUUAUUACUGGAUCUAAAGAUCAUUAUGUGAAGGUAAUUAAGUUGAAGGAAUGUGUUUUUGGGGUCAUAUCUCCUACCUAUAACCUGGAACCUCCCCAUUAUGAUGGCAUUGAGUGCUUAGCGGUGCAGGAUAACAUCUUAUGCAGCGGUUCCAGAGACAAUGGUGUUAAGAAAUGGGAUAUUCAACGCCAUGAGCUCAUACAGCAAGUUCCUAAUGCACAUAGAGAUUGGGUCUGUGCUUUGGGUUUUGUAACAGGACGCCCUGUGAUGCUUAGUGGUUGCCGAGGUGGUAUUCUCAAAGUUUGGAACAUGGAGAAUUUCACACCUAUUGGAGAAGUUAAAGGUCAUGACAGUCCUAUCAAUGCAAUGUGUAACAAUAGCCGUCAUGUAUUCACGGCAUCCAGUGACUGCCAUGUCAAGCUUUGGGUUUAUGUUCCUGGUCUUACUCCGUGUCUCCCACGACGUGUUUUAGCAAUCAAGGGCCGAGCAACAAGCCUUCCCUAAUAUGUCCACCAUCUAUCACUUACUCAUCCGUCUUCCAACUAACCCUCUAUUACCAAUGAAGUUCCUGCCCCCUUUUAUCCCAUCUGUGGGGUACUCAUAAUUAAAAAGAAUAUUGAUUGAUGAGUUUUCUCAUUAUGUUUACAAAUAAUUUUCUAAUUAUUUAUUAUGUAAAUUUAAAAUAUUGAGUGGACAUUAA